AUAAAAUCCCUAGGGUUCAUUGGUUCUCGAUCGGAAAUCCAAGCGGUCUUCUCGUUUCCAGAAGACAAAACUCGCUAUCUCCACGAGGCCGUGCAACCGAGACACCACGCAGGUUACGGUCUAGAAACCGAACUAAAGCUACAACUGGCUCUAGUCGUGUGGUGGCUGAUAAUUCUGUUGGUCAAGUUUUCUUUUUCUUUUCAAGUGACACCAGCAGAAGUACGCCGCUUUUCGGCCUUCGAAUUUUGCUGUUGCGCCAUGUCCGCCAGUAUAUAGUCUACUCCUUUCCCGAACUUCUCUCACAUUCAAUUCUUGCCUCCAAAACAGCGCGCCUAGCAAUUUCCAGCCAUUACUUUCCUUUUUGCAGCUCCUUGUCGCCAUGAGGUUCAGACUUCCAUACAAGCACGACGAGCUGCCGGUCGAUGAAAACAGCCAGCGACCGACAGACAAUGAAGUUUCCACAGAGAAAGGACCGGAGCCUCGUCCUGAAGAGCUCGGCACCACGGACGACAGCGAAAGCGACAUUGUUAAUAAGGAUUUCCAGCGCGGUGUACAGGCCGCUCAGGCCAUGACGCAAGUGUGGCCGUUUAGCCAUAUCGCCACGGCAUACGUCUUGAUUUGGGUAAUCCACUUUAUUAUGGCUUUUUCGUCAGGCAUGAUCUCGAACCUGACCCCGUUUGUCACCAGCUCUUUCCAAGAGCAUUCCUUGACUGCUACAACGGGAAUUAUUUCAAGUUUGGCGCCUGGUCUGGUCAAGCUCCCAUAUGCCAAGUUGAUGGAUAUUUGGGGACGUCCUCAGGGCUUUGCGAUUAUGGUCGGUAGCAUUACCAUAGGCUUGAUCAUGAUGGCUGGUUGUAACAACGUGGAGACCUACUGCGCCGCUCAGGUCUUCUAUUGGGUUGGCUACAACUGCCUGGACUUCACGAUGACUAUCUUCAUUGCAGAUACAUCAAAACUGAAGAACCGAGCGUUUUGGAUUGCAUUCGUUGCCUCUCCUUAUAUUGUUACCGUCUGGGCCUACGGCCCCGCGACACAGAGCGCCCUCAAAACCAUUGGUUUCAGAUGGGGAUUUGGUAUUUGGGCAAUCGUGUUGCCGGUUGUCUGCUCACCUUUGUUCUUCUUAUUCUAUUUUAACCAGCGCAAGGCCGAGAAGAUGGGCCUGGUCUCGAAGCAUGAAUCGAACCGCACUCCCAUCCAGUCCGUCGUCCAUUAUGCCAAGGAGUUCGACCUCAUCGGUAUUUUUGUCUUCGCACUCGGUCUGGCACUAUUCCUUCUAGCCUUCAAUCUGUAUACCAGGCAGCCCGACCAAUGGCGCUCGCCGCUGAUUAUUUGCUUCCUGGUUAUUGGUGGACUUCUGAUCAUUGGAUUCAUAUUCUACGAGAAAUAUCUUGCUCCUGUCACUUUCAUUCCCUGGGAUUUGCUAAAGAACCGUACCGUCAUCUUUACCUACACCAUGGCGGCAAGUAUCUACAUUGCUUGGUACGUAUGGGACAACUAUUUCUAUUCCAUGCUGCUUGUUGUCUACAACCAGGACGUCACUCGAGCCUCCUACAUCAGCAACAUUUACACAGUAGGAUCAUCCUUUUGGGCUCUCGUCAUGGGUGUCGUCGUGCGUUAUAAUGGACGCCUCAAAUGGCAAGCCCUCUACUUCGGCGUUCCCAUGAGCAUUCUCGGCGUUGCCUUGAUGAUCCACUUCCGCCACCCAGGCGUCGACAUCGGCUACAUCGUCAUGUGCCAGAUCUUCAUCGCGUUCGGUGGCGGCACCCUCGUCAUCUGCGAGCAAAUGACCGUUAUGGCCGUCUCGCGCCAGCAGGAUAUCCCCGCCGUCAUCGCGGCCGAAGGAAUGUUUAUCAGCGUCGGCUCUGCCAUUGGAAACUCUAUCGCCGGCGCGAUGUGGACCGGUAUCUUCCCCAAGAAGUUGCAGCAGAAUCUUCCGGCCGAGGCCAUGUCCAACUUUGCAGCGAUCUACGGAGACGUCGAGACGCAGUACGGGUAUCCCGUUGGAAGCCCUGAGCGUGAUGCCAUCAACUUGUCAUACAGCCAGACGCAACGGUUGAUGCUGAUCACGGCCACGUGCCUCUACGCCAUCACCAUAGUGUCUGUGAUGAUGUGGAAGAAUGUGAACGUUAAGAAGAUUGAUCAGGUUAAGGGCCGUGUUUUUUAAGCAUGGGCCUCUUGCCAAAGUACAGUGGUGUGGUUCUGCUCUUAUUAUAGGUCAACCCCGCUAUCUCUUCUC